AGUCUAAUCAGAGAGGAGGUGACCUUGGACUUAAUCUUGAGUGGUGCCCAGGACCUGAUGCAAGAUGUCAGUGUCUUGGAAUCUUUAGGGAAGAGUGACUAUAGUGUCAUCAAAUUCAGCAUAUAUACAAGGAGAGAAUCACCCAGUAAGUCUGUCUAACACAGACACUUUGAACUACACAAGAUGAAACUUCGCUAAAAUGAGGAGUUUGGUGAAAAGAAAACCAAAAGGGAAAAUCAGGAGAGUCAUUUUGCUCCAGAAUACAUGGAGUUUAUUUAAAACCACAAUAAUAGAAGUCCAGUUAGAAUGUAUAUGAAAAAGGAGGAAUGUGUACCCAAAAGGAGGAACAACCAAGUCCGGAAGGAUGCCAACAUGGCUAACAAGUACAUUCAAGGAAGCUAUAAAGGGGGGAAAGACUUCUUUCAGAAAUUGGAAGGCCUGCCCAAAUGAAGAGAACAGAAAGGAACACAUUCUCUGGAAGAAGAAAUGCAAGGAGACAAUAAGGGUCCCACUUCCCUGUGUUUUCCCAUUUAUUUACCAACAAAAAUCUUACUCCUCCUGUACUGAAAUCAACAGUGGGAAACUAUGGUGUGCCACAUCUGCUAACUAUGACAAGUCCCCGCAGUGGAAAUAUUGUUCCCUUAAUGAGUAUGGCGGUAAUUCUGGUGGGCGAGCCUGUGUCUUCCCCUUCACUUACAAGAGCCGGACAUUUUACAAAUGUACCAAUGAAGAUGCUGCCCAAGGGAGAUUCUGGUGUGCCACAACCGGGAGCUACGACAAGGACAAGAAGUGGAGCUAUUGUGCUGACACUAGACUGGAUGCAAAUCCUCAGGGACCAUGUGUCUUCCCCUUCACCUACAAGAGCAAGUCCUACUCAUCUUGCACAACAGUUGGGACAUCUGGUGGAAAACUCUGGUGCUCUCUCAGCAGCAACUACGAUGAAGUUCCCAAAUGGACAUACUGCGAGCCCUCAGAACCCCUCCCCUGCAUUUUCCCUUUCAUUUUCCAGGGGAAAUCCUACUCUGCAUGCACCAAGGAAGGAGCUGCUGAUGACCAACUGUGGUGUGCCCUAACCCCUAAUUAUGACAAGGAUAGUAAAUGGAAGGCGUGUGCAAGCCAAGAGUAUGAAGGGAACUCCAAAGGCCAGCCAUGUGUAUUCCCCUUCAUCUACAAGAGCCGGACAUUCUACACCUGCACCAAUGAAGAUGCUGCCCAAGGGAGAUUCUGGUGUGCCACAACCGGGAGCUACGACAAGGAUAAACAGUGGAGCUACUGUGCUGACACAAGGCUAAGUUCAAGACCGACAGGGCCGUGCAUCUUCCCCUUCACCUACAAGAGCAAGUCCCACUCAUCUUGCACAACAGAUGGGUCAUCGGAUGAAAAACCAUGGUGCUCUCUCACCAAGAACUAUGAUGUGGAUCAAAAAUGGACAUACUGUGAUCCCGCAGGUGACUCAAACCAAACAGGGAAAGACCAUGGGUGCCUGUGAUUCCAGCGGUGGCAAUUUCCCAAUAACCUGACCAACGUUUGACUUGCUCUGCCUGGCUUCCCUUUGAAUUGUAAAAAUGUAGUAAUUCUCUAAUAAAAGUCAAUCUAUUCCUCAUAGAUUGGUGUGGCCCAGCCUCACCCCCAUUUCUCUUGCUCGCAAUCUGUAUGGGCUCUCAGAUCACAGUCUGAGACCACAGGAUAUAGACAUCUUGCUGAAGCUAAGCAGGUAUUGAUCUGACCAGUGUCUAGAUGGGAGAUCACCUGGGAAACUUUAAAUGCCACUUGAAUCCCAUGAUGGAAGAAGAAUGGUGUGAUCUAAAUGUAAUAAAUCAGUAAAAUCAACAUGGGCCUGGUUCACUGUGGACUCUCCAGCUGAACACAGAUGCAUAACAGACCUGAAGUGAGC